AUGCUUCUAAAGAACGGGGAACUGACCAAUGGUCGAAAAGACAAGCUAUUGCCGGAACUGCAGGACCACGGAACGGAGGGACUGACCAUUGGCCGAUAUCCACACAACAUCAUGCUGGGGAAACUACUGCUGACCGCCGCUGUGGCGCUCGCCGCCAUUCACGGGUCCGCCGCACAAGUUACAUGUGCUGACGGAUGGACUGCACACGAGCAGCACUGUUAUAAAAAAUUCAGCAUAGGAAAGAAAUGGGCCGCUGCAAGGGAGUAUUGUGGCACUUUUGAUGCGGACCUCGUCAGUAUCACCUCAACUUCGGAACAGCAAUUCGUGGCUCCGAUGAUUACCGGCUCAGGGGUCGGCGGUGCCUGGAUCGGGCUACACGACACGGCUACAGAGAACGUCUUCGCCUGGGUGGACAACACACCGUACGAUCCAGCACUCAGUAUGUGGGGUUAUGUAUGCGCCAUUGACAUCGUUCUCGCCCUGGACCUUUCUUCGAGCAUCCCACAGGACCAGUUUGAACUCGCCCGGGACUUCAUGGUGGCUUUUGUCGACUGUGAGGUUUUUCAAGAAAAGGAUAUCAGGAUUGCAGUCCUCAACUACACCUGCGAAGCGGACACAUACUUCGACCUGGCACCAAUCGCCUACGGGAUGUCGUACGAAAUCGGCCAACUCAUGAGGGGCGACGGAGGCAUAACCCGAACUGGCCACGCCAUUAACCACAUGCGCCUCACGUCCAAAUUCGGAGCGGAAUCCCAUCACGCAGCCGUCAUCCUGACAGACGGACAGACAAUGAUCUGUUACACAGUCUUAUUGUCCGGUUUACCGUUUCCCUAG